AUGUUCAACAAUAAUUCAUUGCGUAAAGUUUUAAAUGUUACCCUUGCGACUCAUCACACUUCCGUUUCAACAUUUGGCUUGUUUUCAUCACGAUGGAAUUGCCUCUCGAGACGAUGCUAUGCGACAGUAGUUACUAAAACUACUACAGCCAACACCAACACUACAAUAACAAACAAUCACUCUCAACAACAAAUUGAUAUUCAGCAAACACCAAUUUUAAAUAGUUCCACGAAAAUCCAAAUAUCCAAGAGCGGGAAGAUUUAUACUGAAACGAAUUUAACACCUGGAUUACAAAAAUUCUUGGAAAAAUCCAGAAUCAUUAACAGAGAGUUAGCAAAAAGUGGAACACCUGAAAAUAAGGACACCAAAUUGGAUAACGAUACAGAUGCUCAUUUACAAACAUUAUUACUGAGAAGUGUCACUCAUGCAUCUUAUGGAACUGGUAAAGUUAGGAGUCAAGAACGAUUGAGUUUUAUUGGAUCAUUUGUAUUGAAUAUGGUUUUAACAGAAAUAAUUUCUCAAAAGUAUAUGGUUAAUCAAAAUAAUUGUGGACGCGAGAAUUUUAACACUGUCAAUCUUAUCAAAUCCAUCUACAAUAAUAGAUCAUUUUUGGCCUUUAUUGUGGCUAAUCAAUAUUGGAAUUUGUCAAAUCAAUACAACAAUAAGACAGUUGAAAAUGAUACUAAAUUGAACAAAUCAUUGAAUCAAAUUUGUACCAAAUAUAAUAUUACAGACUUGAAUGAUAAUAUAAUUGAAGUAGAUAACGAGCAUUAUACAUUACGUGUUGUUGGAUGGAAUGAAAUGUCAUUCAAAUCACAAGUUGAAAUUUUAUCCAAUACAGUCAAUGCUAUCAUUGGUACUAUUUACAGUAAAUGUGGAUUACAAGUUGCUAGAGAAUUUAUUGAAGAAGAGAUUAUAAAGGAAAGACCAGCAGUAGUUUACAAAAAGUUAUUAUUGCUCGACGAACCACAAAUGGUACUGAAUGAUUUAGCCUCCUCUCAAUAUUAUGCAUCCAUCAAAUUCAUUGAAGAGUAUGUAAAGGCCAAUAAUUGUCACAAAUGCACCAUCUAUGUCAAACAAAAUGUAAUUGGUGAUGCCAACGCCAAAGACAAUUUCAAAGCUAAAAAAUUGGCUUGUUUUGAUGGUUUGAUGAGAUUCCAAUCCAUGAUACCAUCCUAUUAG